AUGGAUGUUCUACCCAUGUGCAGUAUCUUUCAAGAACUUCAAAUAGUUCACGACACAGGCUAUUUCUCCGCCUUACCGUCACUGGAGGAGUACUGGCAGCAGACAUGCUUGGAGCUGGAGCGCUAUCUACAGAGCGAGCCUUACGUCUCCACUCCUGAUCUGAAGUUUGACGGCCAGGAGGACCUCUGGAGCAAGUUGAUCUUGGCCUGUGGGGAUAAGGCUAAAGUCGAGUCUGACCCCAAACUUCCCCCGGGCCCCCAAGAGGAGGACAAUCACGAUAGCCAAAUUUUUGACACCAACAGUGUGAAUUCGGAUGCCAGCAGUGAAGCGUCAGACAGUUCUGAGGAGCUCUCGCCCAUGCACAGCUUUAUCUCCAACCCUCUCGGCUCUGCCCUGGUCGGCUCUGGACCUUUUAGCCCGUCUGUGAUCAGCACUCCACCGUCCUCGCCAGAGGCCAACUCUGAGCCCAGCGGUGUGGUGAGCGGAUGGGUCGGCUUACACGGCGACUUGCACUUGCCGGCUAAAAUCCGGAGCAACGGUGUGGCCAAGAGUUCGGAAAAGACGGGACUCACCUGCGGGGAUGUUUCACCGGACGGCAGGAGGAGGAUACACAGGUGUCAGUUCAACGGGUGUCGCAAGGUUUACACAAAGAGCUCCCAUCUAAAAGCACACCAGCGCACUCAUACAGGUGAGAAGCCGUACAGGUGUUCAUGGGAGGGCUGCGAGUGGCGUUUUGCACGGAGUGACGAGUUGACCAGACAUUUCAGGAAGCACACUGGGGCAAAGCCAUUUAAAUGCAGUCACUGUGACAGAUGUUUCUCCAGGUCUGACCAUCUGGCUCUUCACAUGAAGAGGCACAUCUGA